UCAGGUGAGAAUAUCAGUUCAUUCUAACCCUAAUUUCCUUUAAUUCUUCAAUACUCAAAACCCUAAUUACCCACACUUUAUUUGCUCUUUCUCAAUUCUCCACAUAUAUGAAUCUGAAAUCUAUCUGAGUGCCAUUGUGGAUUCCAUUCUCGUAGAUAUAAUAUUCUGCACUUCUGUAUUGAUUUUACUUAAAUAGACAAUUUAUAGUUUGAUUUUGAAGAAAAGGCAGAUGUUUGGGUGUUAAUUUGAUCUGCGUCUCUUGAAUUUGGUGAGAUUUGAGUUGGGUUUUAGCAUAUUGUGAUAAGGUUCUGAUUUUUAAAUAAAACCCAUGAUUUUCGAGCUUCACUGGAGCUAUAGUAUAUGGUUUGUAGUGUAGAAGUCGCCAUGGUGAUCUCAAUAUUGAGUGUUCUGAUAAUUGAGAUUCAUUUAAUACAUAGUGAGGGAGAAUCUUAGAAGGAAAAGGUUAAAGUGUUGUUACAGAUGGGGAAGCCACUGUUUUAUGAGAUCUUGGAAAAACCAGCUACUAGUUGUAUAAUUGGGAUAUGCAGCGCCAUAUGGUUUUAUAUUCAGAAGAAAAACAUUGGGUAUUCACAUGUGGGCUUAAGUUAUGAAACUGCCAUUGAAGGGCACCAUUGGAGGAUAAUUACUUCGGCUUUUUCACAUAUUAGUGUUCUUCAUCUUGUUUUCAAUAUGAGUGCUUUAUGGAGUCUUGGGGUAGUAGAACAGUUGGGACACAUGGGUCUUGGUAUUGCAUAUUAUCUUCAUUACACGCUUGUGUUAGUCGUCUUGUCUGGGGUGUUAGUUUUGGGAAUGUACCGUAUAUUGAUACAGAGAUUCAAGGUAGACUACUUUCGGAGAGUGACAGCUGUUGGAUAUUCCUGUGUUGUUUUUGGGUGGAUGACAAUUCUUUCCGUGAAGCAACCGUCCUCCAAAUUGGACCUUUUUGGGUUUCUUUCGCUUCCCAUCAGUUUCGCACCUUUUGAGUCGUUAAUCUUUACAUCCAUUAUAGUUCCACAAGCUAGUUUUCUUGGUCAUUUAUCGGGAAUUAUUGUUGGAUAUUCUAUUGCAUGGGGUUUGAUUCAUGGGAUGAACAAUUUCUGGGCAAUCUCAAUGCUGGGAUGGAUUGUGGUCAUCUUUAUGUUCAGUUUAAAACGAUCUGGUGCCUAUGAUUUUAGUUUUCUUGAGAUUGAAUCUGUUACAGAUGCUUCAUUGCCUUCUGUGCGGUUUCUUGGGAAUGGCAGAACCUUGCAGAUGAGUGCAUUACCACUUGAAGGUGUUGAAGUUGUUUAAUGGAAGAGACUUUAUCCCUUAAAACAGGUUGACUAUGGAAGAAUCUUUUCCUUAGGGAUUAGGACACAAUUCAUUGUUACCCAGAUUUGUGUAUGAGGUUAUCAGCCAUCAUCUUCCCCCUACCACUGUGUAUUGGUGAUAUUUUCCUUAAUUCCCUUUGCAGAUUCAUUGGUCUCUCGAAUCACAUAAUUUCAAUUAUAAACAGCUAGUUUAUUGUCAAACACAUUUCAAGUAAUAUAUAAAUGAAUUUGCUUGCAGAA